AUGAUGCAUUGCUCUUCUUGGGAUAUUAAGCAUAUUUGUGGAUAUAAGAACGUGGGUUGGACUUCACAACAAUCUGUGGGAAGCUCUGGUGGUAUGUUAACCAUCUGGGACAGAGAUUAUGUGGAGGUUAGUGACUCUUUAGUUGGUGAUUAUAGUCUGUCGAUUCUUUGCACAAUUAAGAUUGACAACUUCCAGUGGGUUCUAACAAAUGUUUAUGGGCCAGAUAAUCCUGUCGAUAGAACAGAUUUUUGGAUUGAGCUUGACAAUGUUUGUAGAUACUGGACUAAUACUUCUUGGUGUAUUGCUGGUGACUUCAACACAAUCACCAAGUGUGCUGAGAAGAAGAAUUGCAGGAAAAUAACUAGGAGCAUGACAAAAUUCAAUGAGUUUAUUUUGGAGCAUGAUCUUAUUGACUUACCCCUGAAAGGGGCAAGAUACACCUGGUCAGAUGGUACCCCAAGUAGUGUGCUUUGGCAAAAAUUACAAGCACUUAAAGAGAAGCUAAAGGUUUGGAACAAAGAUGUUUUUGGUCAUACCAAAACUAAGUUGAAUGCAAUUCUCUCGGACAUACAAGCACUUGACGGAUUUGCGGAAGAUAAUACUCUUACUGAAGAGGAGCGGAGUGUGCAACUCCAAAAUAAGAUUGAGUUUGAGAAGAUUUCAAAGAUGGAGGAGACCUCAUGGAGGAUCAAAUCAAAUAUCAAAUGGAUGCAAGAAGGUGACCGGAAUACCUCUUUCUUCAUCAGUAAUGCUUCGGCAAGAAGAAGAUACAACAGAAUCCAACAACUUUACAUAGGUAAUGAGUUAGUUUCUGAUAGAGGAAGGCUACAAGAUCAUAUUGUGGAGUACUACAAAACUCUUUUUAUUGAAGAAGAAAUGGUAAGACCUCUUUUGGAGGGAAUUGAGUUCGAUACCAUUACCUAUACAGAGUCCACUAUUUUAGAAUCUGAUUUUUCUGAAGAGAGGUUUUUCAAGCUAUCAAAGAUUUAG